AUGGCUUCUUCUGGAGCAAAUACUGCAACAAAGCCAAUCAAAAAAAGGAAAAGAACGAUUGAGAUCAAGAAAGUUGAGCAGAUAAACAGGCGUCACGUGACCUUCUCCAAACGCAAAUUAGGGUUAUUCAAUAAACUCACAGAGCUCUCAAUUCUGUGCCAAGUGGAAGCCGCUGUGAUCAUCACCUCCCAAAACGGGAAGCUCUAUACGUGUGGCUACCCCGACGCCGAUGCCGUCGUUCGCCGCUACCUCAACGGAGGGCUACCCCGGCGGCUGGACAGUGCAUGCAAAAAGAGACAGCAAGAUGCAAUUGAAACCCUAAGGCUUGAAUACGAGGCCACUCAGAACCACUUGAAAGAAGAGCAAAAGCGUUUGCAAGAAAUCAAAGAGACGCGAAAGAGUAGUUUGCGCUUUCCCUCGUGGUGGAAUCUCCCCACCGAGGGUAUGGGUUUGGAGGAUCUUGAACAGUUCAAGACUUCUUUGGAACGUUUGAAGUUUAACCUAGUUGGGGCGCUGCAAGAGAAGCAGAUGAAUUCGGUCCCAUCAAUGCCACAUGCUGCUAUGCUUCCACCAAUGUCAUCUACUAUGGUUCCACCAAUGCCAUCUACUGUGGUUCCACCAGUGCCACAUGCUGCUAUGGUUCCGCCAAUGUCAUCUACUAUGGUUCCACCAAUGCCACAUGCUGCUAUGGUUCCACCAAUGAUGCCGCCACAGUUUCAAAGCAUGCCGCUCUUGAGUGCUCAACGUUUAAGUGGAAAUCAAGUUCAAGAUGAUUAUUGGAGGAGUGCUGCUAUAGCUAGUACUAGUUCGACGUUUGCUUCAAAUGGUUUUGGAAGUCUGAAAAGUUAUGGGUAUACUACUUAA